GUGUCAAACAGAUAUUUUUGCUUUUGUUUUGAUACUACGAGUGGCAAUGCAUUUCUUGGCUGCUAGCAGACUAGUAGCAGACGUUGUUGUGAUUUUGCAAGCCCCCCAUCAGAAAAGUCAAAGGCCCAAUAAUUUCUGAGUUAUUUCGUAAACCAACAAGAUCUCAACCUACUUUUCUACCCAUCUAUUCAUUUUUGACCUGACUCUCUUAUUGAUCUGUGUUUUUGUGUGCUUUAAACGCUCUGCCAAGUCAAUCGACUAAAGGGAGGCUAUGUGGCGGGCCUCCUAACCUACGAUAGUAUUAGUCAACUUUGGUGAUGACAUGGAUUGAGUGAAUGCAGUUAUGCCCCUUACAUAUCGCGAGGCAGUGCAGGUCGCUCUGCUACUGGCAUGCGUCCCGCUGCAGUACUUGCUGUCCCAAAACAUGGAACUAGAAGAGUCGUCAACGCUAGGAAGGAUUAUGGCUACAGAUUUUCAAUAUUUGAGAGAUAACUGGCUAUCCUCUGAGUCUUGGGCAAAAGCUGCAUUUGAUUCUGUGCAGUUUCUUUUAAGAGGAGUUCUACCAGAUUCAUCCCUUAACACAUUUUAUGGAACUAUAGGGGAAAAUGAGUCCCCUGCUUAUGAAGUAUUACGCUUUAGACAGGAACGUGGUUAUUUUUCUAGUUCCUUAAGUGUAAGAUGGAAGCGGCCAUCACACAUCCAAUUUCGUGUGGGCCAGGUUGUAAAGCAUCGAUCAGAAGGAUAUACAGGGGUCAUUAUUGGUUGGGAUUUGAAAGCUAGAGCUUCAGAAACCUGGCUUGUGCGUGAAUAUGGGGACCUGCAGGCACUUCGCAGCUGGCCACACUACGCUGUGUUAGUUGAUGAGAGAGACCCAAUAUCGACAUCAACAAUGUCACCUGAAGCUACUUAUGUUGUUCAACAAGAAUUGGAGCUUAUGCCAAAUACAGAGGUACAACACGCAAUGUUAGAAAAUUAUUUUGCUGUCUAUGAUGGUGGUCAGUAUAUAGCUCAGGAUUGGCUCAAGAACUUGUAUCCCAAAGAUUAAGCUACGGACUGUGGAAGGUUUUCUCUCAAAGCAAACAUGUGAUACUGUACCCUGUGCUAGCAUAAUAAUGCAAAAGAAAUUGGGGAAAAAAAAUAGUCCAAGACUGUUUUAAUUAUCAUUAUUUGUGAAGUCUGCAUCUCUAGUUUGAGGCAAUUAUCACAAUUUUGUUAAUAUGUAACAGACGCUGGGUAUUCUUAAAAAUAUAAUUUUUUUGGUGAGGUUUAUAUUUCUUAUAAGUCUGUUGUUUUUCGUUCUGUAUGUGAUUGUGUCUUUCACUACCUGGGUUAUUUCAUUUUUACUUAACAUUUCUUUCUUUGUGAUAAUUUUUUGUGGGGAAUUUAUAGGGCCCUUGCCAUAUGAAUUUUAUCAGACCUGGCUCUUUCAUUUUGUGUAAGUCCUUGUGACCCAAGAGCUAGAGUUACUGAGAAUCUGUAGUAUUUUGCAUUGAGAGGUUUUGUGGUUUGGCAACCAAAAAGUUGUGAUAAAUACACUUGUCAGGUAAUUAUUUGAC